AUGAAUUUUCACGCCUUGUUCCUCGCAGCUUGGAGUUGCCAGGUCGCGCUGGCCCAGGAUAGCGUGACCGUGUCGAUGGCCUGGGAACAUGGACUUGGCUGGAUCGCCUCCAGUCUGUCCGAGAUGGGCGGUGGCACCUACUAUUCGAUUGGGUGUCCGGAGACUGCCACGGCGGAUGUAUGCAGCACCCUCACGCCGUUUACGCUCACGCAAAACACCCGCCGCGCCAGACACACGGAAUAUGACGGCACCGUAACGUACGUCCACUUCUGCCAGUGGUCUCCCGCUGCCACCCCCGGCUGCGGCGUGUCCGACAACCUGCGCACGACAUGGGAGACCUUCUUCAUGACCGCCGACGGCUACAAGAAUACGCAGACCGUGCUCCCGCUCGUCACCGACGCCAAGUUCUUCACCCCUGCUUCGCUCACUGCGGAGCCGAGCAUAACGGCGACAGAACCGCCCGCGAGGCCGACCGCUGCGCCGCCUCCGGCCGUACCCGACGAUGAUACCGAUGCCGACGAUGACCAGGAUGAGGAUGAUUUAUAUGAUGAAGAUUCGUUUCUAGGAAGAGGCUUUCCUCUCGGGAAUGGGGGCUCGGGAGAGGGUGCAGCGAGGAGUCUGCAAGGCAGUAUCGCUUGGGCGUUAGGGGCCCUAGCUGGCGCGGUUGGGUUUGUGGUCGCCUGA